AUGGUUCAAGUCGUGGUUGCUGAUGCAAGCCAGAAGCACAUAACAGAUAGAGUUUUUCAAUUGUGGGUGAACGAUCUCCAGGAUUUGGCGUACUACAUAGAUGAUGUACUCGAUGAUGUGGACACCAAAGCUCUGCGACGCAAGUUGAAUAACGAUGCUCAUGCCAACACCAGCAUUGGUAAUGUAUUGAAGUUCAUCCCAAAAUGUUGUACUAAUUUCAGUCCUCUCAAUGUUUUGUAUGGUCAGCAGAUGAGUUCUAAGCUAGAAGAGAUCACCACCAAAUUGCAUGAUCUUGUUGACCAGAAAAAUGAUUUGGGUUUAAUGGUGAAUGUUGAAAGGUCAAGUAUAAGGGCUGCCUAG